AUGACCAGGCCCCAGCUGUCAGUGUGAGGGCCUGUACCUCUGCAGUGCUAGAAAACAUCAUUACAAGUGCUACUGGCAAUCAAGAUGACGCUACGCUAAGUGUGUGGUUGAUAAAGGCUUUGUAUUUAAUCUGUGAGAAAAAAUGCAGUAUGUGUUCAAGUGAAGUUUAUUUGGUAACAAAUGUUUUGAGUUUUACACUGAAGAAUGCCAGAUCUAAAAUUGGCUGUUACAAUUCCUGCGAUUCAGUCCUCAACGGUGACUGGUAAAUUGAAGAGAGCUGUUCAGAAGUCAGAAACUGAGAUUACAGCUUAAACUCUCAGAGUUAUCUUGAAAAAAGAUGCAGUUUCAUGUUAUGACAGUCUUGAUGUAUUUUGUUACCUUGAGAACUAAGCAUUAUUUACUGAUGUUAAGACAGCUUGCAAUAAUUAUUUUCUUAUACGUUUUUUGUGGAUAUUAUAAAUUUUUCAAUGAACUACAAAAUAAAAAUCACAUGGAUUAAGCACAUGUUUUAUUAGAAUUUCAUUCCAUUGUUCUGCCAAAGCAGUGGGGAACUUAACGGUGUUGACGUCUGUGAACUGCCUCGCUGAUUUAUCAUGUAGUUAUAUAGAGUUUUCUUACUAUGUUUAUUUUGACAGUCUCGAUUCGUCUUUUUUUAUUUGUGUGUGUGUCUGGUCUAGAGAGGGUUACAGAGCUGCGGUUGGUCCCAUUAUGUUAUUUUCACAGCCACAGGUCUGAUAAGAACUGGAAAUUCUAGAGUUUAAUUAUUUCAUGUCCGGACAUUCCGCUACUGCGAAGCCGGCAUGACGUGUGCGCUCACCCAGGAUGUGGGCAGGCACUAGGGCCCGGGGGAGGAGCGGCCCUGCUCUUCAAACGGUAAGGGGCUGCAAAAGGUUUCAUUUCCAGCUCAAGCAGAGUAACAGAAAACAUCUCAGUUCACUGCAGAGCAGAGACAAGAUCUCCCUGGUCACUCAAGCCAUGGACUUCGUGGAGCCGGUCCUGGGCCUGGCCCAGGAGCUGUACUCGCUGUGCGCGGCGGUGAAGGCCAACAAGAUGCGCUGCCAGCGGCUGGCGAGGCGGGUGGAGGCGCUGAUGGUGCCCGUGCAGGUGAUCAGGGUGCGGGGGCCGGGCGGGCAGCCCGAGGCCGUGAGCCGCGCCCUGCGGGAGCUGAAGGGCACGCUGGAGUCGGGCCGGGAGCUGGUCCGCCGGUACGCCUCGGCCAGCUGCCUGAAGAGGAUCCUCCGGGUGGGCGACCUGGGGGAGGAGUUCGAGACCCUCAACGAGCGGCUGAACGACGCGGCGCAGGUGCUCUCGCUGGCCCUGCAGGCCGACCAGAAGGCGCGGCUGGAGAGCGUGUUCAGGGAGUCCGCGCGCCGCGGGGAGGACAGCGCGGACAGGGAGAGUGACCACAGGGAGCUGCAGAAACUGCUGUCCAUAAGCGAGGACACGAACUCCAGGAUGAAGGCAGUGGAAGAGACGGUGGAUUCCACCCAGAAAGACGUGGAACAGAUCCGGGGCCUGCUGGAGUCCUUAAUGAGGCCCAGCCUUCACCUGCAGGACAUCAGGGAAAUCCGUGUGGAUGAGCUGACCUACGACAGCAAGCCCAUCUUGACCACCGGCAAUUCGGAGCUGUACAAGGGGGAGUACAACAAGUUCACCGUGGCCAUCAAGAGAUACACCUACCCGCUGAACACCAGCCCCCAGCAGCUGAGGAAGAUCUUCAACAAGGAGGUGGAAACCAUGAAGCGAUUUGAGUCUCCCAACAUCCUGCGCAUGUUUGGGAUCUGCGUGCUGAACGAGGACGGGCCCAGCCCAGGCUACCUCAUCGUGAUGGAGUACUGUGAGAAGGGCUGCCUGCGCCAGGUGCUGGACAAGAAGCCGCUGUCCUGGGAGAUCAGAACCCAGAUGUGCCUGGAUGCUGCUCAGGGUCUCUACAGAUUGCACCAGUCGGAGGAGAAGUUUAGAGUCCAUGGCUCCAUCAACAGCAGCAAGUUCCUGGUGGACGCUGGAUACAGGGUGAAGCUAGGAGGCUUUGAACUGGCUAAAACAGAGACCUCCCUGCGCAAGAACAGAGACCAAACAAGAACCUGUCUGGCCUACAGUUCACCCCAGCAGCUGGAGAGCAUCAACCACCAGUACGACAGGCCCUGCGAGAUCUACAGUUUCGGCAUCGUCCUGUGGGAAGUGGCGACAAGAAACGUGCCCUUCGAAGGCUGCUCACACUCGCAGAUCUACCAGAAAGUGUGUGUGGAGCGGCAGGCGGAGCCCCUCCCCCCGGACUGCCCGGAGCACCUGGCUGAGCUGAUCGACGACUGCCGAUCGUACGAUCCUUUCCACAGGCCCACCGCCGGAGUGCUGGUGGACAAGCUCCGGAGGGCGGUGCGGGAGGCAGAGGAGGACUGAGGAAGGGCGUCCUGCGAGAGCUCAGGGCCGGGCAGAGACGCAGACUCCCGGAGAGCUGCCGGCCUGUUCCCCCAGCUCCGCACCACGGACAACAGGCCAGCUUCCUCAAACACGCACCUCCGCUGUCAGGCCUGGGAAAACUGUCAUCCCCAGAAAUAAAAACACCAGGGUCUGGGGAAGCAAUACCACCAGCACGGCAUCUUUAUAUACUACUAGACUGAGCUUAGAAUUUUUUAAAGAUCUGGACGUUUGGGGGUCCUGGUGCAAACUGAAUGAGACCCCGAAUCUAGGCUGGAAUGCCCCGUGUAGACUGCAGAUGGAUUGGACCGAUUUGCUCUCGCGUGUGACACGAUAGCAGGUGUCAUGAGAGUGAGAGGCGUGUUUACAGGUCAUCGUAUCGGAGAGCCGGAAGGAUUUAUAUUACACACCUUGCGGAUAAUAAUUCCUGUUGAUGUAUUCAUGAAAGCCUGGUUUGGAGCAGAAAACUCAGGUCAAGUUUUUUUUAAAUCAUUUAUCAUCACGGACUAUUUCAGCUUUGUGUAAAUGACAGUGGAACCAUUUUUCCUCCUCAAUUGUUUCUGGUGGUACUUUGUUCCAUUAAUUAACCCAGGAGCUGAUUUACUGAUUAUGCAAAAGAUUUACGAGUUUUUCUCUGUUCCGCAAUUGUGCACACAACAGUUUUUCAAUACUGUUUUUAUCUGAAUUAAACAGUUGCAAUUUUUGCAAUUUGCAAUUAUAAGAUGCAAUUUUUAUAUCUAUUAAAUUAUAAGGCACAGAUCUAGAUAAGUAUUAGACAAAUGAGAACAACCAGGACUGGUCUGGUACAAAGAUCAUUUUAUAAACACCUGCUUCGUACCGAUGAACGGUUGUUUGUUCCCCGUGCAGCUCUAUUCCUUUUUACUUGAUAAGACUGUGGAGAGGUGAGGUUUGUAAGGAGCUGACACCUGUGAGCAGCAGAGACGAUCUUUCCUGCGGAAUGCGAGGUGGUGCAUGAUUCAGCAGCAGUCGCUUGUAUGUUUCCAUCCCAACCUCUUCUGCUCAUUGUAAUUGUUGAACCAUUUCAAUCAAGACCCAGGAAGGUAUCAACCUUCUUUAUGCAAUUAAAUGCUGUGUGUGUUGAAUUGUUUUUCCUAAAAUGCUGAAAUAAAAGUUUGUUUUUUAGUCUUUAAUAAAAGAAGAGUACAAAGGUACCUGAUUAGAAUAUUCAAAAUCC